AUAUUAUUCAAAGAUUCCAUUUUUUUAAAUGUAUAUCCGUUGAUAUUAUUAUUAUUAUUAUUAUUUUGCUGAUUAUAAGCACAAAAAAACGAGUGUGCCACAAAAAAAGAUGUCUUUAUUCGAAUCGGAUACGAUUGAUACGUUAAUUUCGAAAAUUAUGUUAUAUCUGAAUGAAAUUCUUGUCAUAUUUGGAUUGAUUUUAUUGUUGAUUCUAUUGGUUCGAAUAUCACUUUGGUUAUUACAUUGUAAUUUAUGUAGUAAAUCAUCGGAUCAUUUGGAUCCUGAAUCCGGUAACGUUGAAUCCGGCCAUAAUCAUAAUGAUAAUGAUGAGGAUGAUGAUAUGAAAAAAUCUUCGAUUGAUAAUGAUAAUGAAGAGAAAAAUUUGGAAAAAUCAAAACGAAAACAAAAAGUGAAUGAAGAAAUUCCACCGCCACCAGUUCCGAAACCAGAUUUUCUUAAAGAUGAAAAUCAUCAUUCUGAUCAACAAUUGAAUUCCGUUAAUUUGCCAUCACCAUUAGAAUCAGAUAGACCUGAAUUUCGAAUUGUAUCCGAAUCACAAUUACCUAAACCUGAUGAAACGCAAUCGAUACCCGAAAUUAAAACUGAAGAAAUUCCCGUGAAUGAAGAAUCUGAUAAAACAGAAACCGAAUCCGAAGCUAUUAUGGCAGAUGUUAUAAUCAAAUCGUUAAUCAAUGUUGAUAAUGUUGAUGAGAAAAUCAAUGAACAACAGGAUCAGGAAUCGUCACAUACAUAUGCUCAAAUAUUACGAAGUAAAAAUAUUGUUGAAAAUAAUUCCGAUGAUCAACAACAAGCAAACAAUGAUAAUGACGAAAAAGAAGUCGAAACAAAUGAUUCAAAUAAAAAAACGCCUGAAUAUACUGUAGUUGAUAUUGUUGUAAGAAAAAAAUCAUUACCCAUCGAACAAGACCAGCAAGAAAAAGUCCAAAUGAACAUUGAAUGUGAACAGAAACCGAAAAUCGUUGAUGAAACUCAAUAUGAAAAGAUUGAGAUCGAACAGAUUGAAAUGAUUGAGAAAGAAGCGAAUUUAAUGGAAAAAGAAUCACAAAAACCUGAUGAACAACAAUCAUCAACAAUGGCUAUUGAAUCGAAACAAUUGGAAACAAAAAUUGAUGAUAAAUCCGAAUCACAAAUCGUUAAACGAAUUCCAGCACAUCGUUGUAUUUGUCCAUAUUGUUCAUCGAAUAAUUCAACAAGAAAUAGACUAUCAUCUAUGCUUAAUAAUGAAGAAAGUGAAGUACUCAAACGAUUGGAUGAAACAUUAGAAGAAAUGGAACGUCUUAAUGAAUCAUUGGCUCCUUUGACACGUCAACAAAAUGAUGACGAAGAUUAUACACUGGAAUUGGAAUCAGAAUUGUUGAAAAUUGCACAAGAAAUUCAUGAACGACAACAACAACAAAGAAAAGAACAACAUAAUAUCGAGAAUAAAGAUAAUGAUCAUCAGUCACAACAGCAACAGAAACAAUCAAAUAAUGUUGAACCGGAAAAAUCAAACAAUGAUUGUCCAUUACAAUUACAAUCGGCAGAUAAUAAUAAUGGUCAUAUUUUGGAACCAAAACAAUUGGAUGCAUAUUCUACAUUGAUCCGUAAUCGAAUACGUAUUUAUGAACCGGAACAUCCAUACCAUCCUAGAAUUGUACCAAAUUGGAUACCAAUGAAACUUAGACAGAAAUUAAAUCUAUUACAAACAGCAACAUCAUCACCACCAUUAUCAUCAUCAUCAUCAAUAUCGAAUGAACCGAAUCGUCCAGAACUUCCGCCAAAACCAAUAAUAAUCGAAACGAUUGCUAAAAAACAGCCUAUGUCAGCAACACAAAUGAAUGGUAAAAUACAAUCAAAACAAAAGCCUGAACAUAAUCGAAUAAUCGAUCGGCGUCGUGCAUUCACCAACAAUGAUGAUGAUGAUGAUGAUGAUGAAAAUGAAGAUGGAAAUGAGGAUGAGGAUGACGACAAUCAAGAGCCACAAUGCGCCAUCUAUGCAAAAGUAAUCGACCAAAUCAAACAAAGAGGAAAUUUAAAUUAUCAUAAUCAUCAUCAUCAUAAUAAUAAUCAUGAUCAUCAAAAUCAUCAACAACUAAUGUUACAACAAAAAUAAUGAUGAGAAUUGUAAAGAUGGGAAUUGAAAUUGGAAAUUAAUUGAAUUUGUUAAUUGAA